AUGCCAAGUCCAGUUGUUCAUGUUGCUUAUGCAUUAGGAUUUGGAACAUUAAACAUGAUAUCGACAAAAGGAUCUUUCACAGCAUUGCAUUGUCUUAUACUAGCUUUGAAUGGAUUUUUUGGACCCGAUAUUGGAGCUUUUAUUGGUUGGUGUUUUGCAGUUACAUUUCCUAUGGUAGCUGAUACAGUCAUGAGUUGGAUUCAUCAUAGUGUUGGAUAUAUUCUGAUAAUUGCACCUAUUAUAUCUUUUUUAACUUCAAGAUUAUCAAAAAAAAUUAUAAUUUGGAAAUGUACAGAAUUUUCAAAUAAUGAUUUAGUUAGUGGUCAUAUGGAGCAAACGAAUAGGAAUAACAUGUCUUUGAAUAUGAAACAAUGCUAUUUAUUAGCAGUUGCUGGUUGUUUAUUACAUUUUCAGUUGGAUCAUAUAUUUGAAGAGAAUGGUCAAGAUAAUUUCUAUCAAUGGAUUUUAUCAACUGGUUAUUUCAAAAAACCAACGCCUCCUUUAUCACCUUUAUCUGUAAUAAUUGUCGGAUUAUCUACUUUGACAUUAUUUUUUGGAUUUGCUUGGAUUCAUUUAUUUGCUUCUUCGAUUUCUAAACAAUCGUUAAAAAUAAGAAUUAAAUAUACUUUUACAUUAUUUUUAAUUGUUAUUAGUCUAUAUUUUAGUUUUUUAAUAAUUUCAAAAAUUAUUCUAAAAAAAGAAGCUGUUAUUGGAGAAGAAGCAGAUUUAGGUGUACUAGUGUUUAUAAUUGGAUUUCAUAUCUUACCGUUUAUUUUGUGUUUACUUUCUAUAUCACAUUAA